GGGAGGGAGGGAGGGGAAGGAAGGAUAGAGCCAAGAAGAGUCUCGGCAACAGAUGGAAAGGACAGCAAGGCACUGCAGGAAUCCGCCGGAGAGACCUUUCUUCCUCUUUUGCACUAGUGACUAAGAAAGGGACCCCUCCUUUUCAUAUUGCAGCAGCCCAGCAGCAAACAUGCCUUUUCCACCGAUUCAGCCGCAGCAGCAGCAACAGCAGCAGGUCCCCGGGGUUCCGACACCUCCCACUGUCAGUGCCACGGCUCCUCGGGAGCUGCCAAAGAAGCCUGCAACCCAGAGGAAGACCGCUGUGCAUGCUCCUCCGGUCCCAGGUUCCAUGGCACCAACAGCUGGAGGUGAAAAGAAGAAACGGCCCUCUGAAAAGCCAGAGAUGCUCCUCUCAAGCUCCUGGCCAUCGGCAACACUGAAGAGACAGCUGGCUAGGAGAACCCCAGGCCCAGCAGCCAGCAGGACUCAGCCACAGCCCCCACUGCGCCCCACUCAGCAAUCCCUAGCUCCUGCCUCUGCGACCACCUCCCCCCCAACCCGCCCGCUGCUCCCUGCCACCUGCACUGUGCCUGGGCUGGCCCAUUCCUGUGAGAGCCUGGCAGCUGGCGGGUCCACUGUGCCAGGACCAGGGGCUGGCACCAGCAGUGGGGAGGAGGAGGCUGUGAGAUUCUCUUUGAGCCUGACCCCAGAGGCAAUUUUGGUGAUCCAGAGGCGCAACCUGGAGAAGCAGCUACUAGCACGGCAACGCAGACCCUUCCCUUCGCCAGCUGCAGACACCAAACGCCUCUUAUCCUCUUGCCCCCGGAGCAAAGCUGGAGCCAUGGGUACCACAUCAGGCCAACGUAAGGGCAUUGCCAUUAGCGGCGCUGGUAGCACCCCAGUUGGUGGCUUUGGGAGCACUAGCCGCCGCCCCACACAGUCCCAACCCCAACUUCUUUCUGGUGCCAUGCAACCCCUAACCACCACCUCCAGAGGAGGGCACCUGGGAAGUGGAGACUUACGAACCUUGCUGAAGAUCUCUCUCCUGAAUGAGCAUCAUAAGUAUGAUGAUGUAGAAUAUGAGGAGGAAGCUGAGGCAGUGGAUGAGGGCCUAGUGAGGAAGUGUACUGAAUGGUUAAGGGGUGUGGAGAAUGCUGCAGCCACCAGAGACAGGGCUGAGAAGUUGGAGACCCUGCCCCAUCUGGGCACCCUCUGAGGCAGUAUCAGGAGAUAGAUGCUCCACCCUACCCUUACUUCCCUGUUUUGAGUAAGUGUGGGAUUUGAGGGUUAAAGCCACAGGUAUGCCUCACUAGGACUGAAACUUCUAUAUCUCAGUGUUCUUCCUAAUUCUCUGUCCCCAACCAGACUGCUUACUAUUCAUACACCAUGCACACAUUUUCCUCAGCCCAAGGUGUCAGCGGUAGCAAUACUCUGCCCCCUUAUUUCUCCUGACAUAGAUUUAUUCGCUUUCCUUCAUCUUUUGAAUAUCUGCCCUUGGCAUUAGCAUUCUGCACCAGUCUUCCUGCCCUGUGGAGCCCACUGUUCCUUUUUGCUGUUUCCGGAGUUAAAAAUCAGCAGGUUUCCCAAAAUGCUUUGAAACCCCACCACAAAGGUUCAUUUAUCCAUCCCACUGCUUCUUGCUUAGCGACCAGAAACUAGAAGGGUUGAAAAGAAACAGUCAACCUCUUCUCUGACUAACCCUUGGAGUUUGGUUUGUGAUUCGACUUUAUGUUUCGUUGUAGAUGAAACAGUCUUGUAGAGCAUUUGAAGCCCUGUGCUGAAGCCAGAUUUUAAGAGUCUAGUUUCUGGGAGAGAUCUGGGAGCAGUGUGCAUAUGAGAGAUACUUAGGUAACUGGAAGCUGGCUCUGAAUGACAUUUUUAUUUCUUCCUCUUCCGAGAAGCCUGUUGCUGGACUUGGGUUAAUCGGAUAGCUGGUGCUGAAUCUCUUUACAUCUGAUCCAUCUAGAUUUUGUUUUUCACCAGAAACUGGAAAGAUGGGGGUGGGGAGGCAUUGGAGAUCCUGGAAAUUCAAAGGCAAAUCCACCUCUGAUGAGAACAGGGAUAUAACCCCCAUCCCCACCCUCCACCCCCUGGAAAUAAUAGACUAUGGUAAAUGAAUGCUUUAACGGAUAUGUUACUUUGUUGACAUACAACAGGUGAUUCAUCAUCGCUUUGUUCUCUCCUCUUAGCUGUCCUUUCUGUAUGCUGUGCACACACAUGUCUUUCCUGAAACACAGUUACUGGAAUUGUUUUCAAGCACUGGACUCAGGAGGGAGGGGGAAGAGGGGUCAGCUUUUGUUAAGACCAUAGUCUUUAUUUGAAGUGCUCACAAAAUAUCUUUUGUGCUAGGGGGGAAAGGGUAACCAAAUGGGGAAGGAAAAAAUGCACUCAGCUGUACCAGGACACAGGACAAAAUGUUCUGGUCUGGUGGAGAAAUUUAUUUGGAGAAUAAAUUAGGGGUGGGAGGGGAGGAAGCAUUGUGUAUGUGUUUUUAGUAUUUUUAAUCACUGUGUAAAUAUCAUAGUGGCUUUGUACAUUUGUAUAUAACAUUCAAAAAGAACAUUUCUAUUUAUUAUUUGAAUAAAUGGUUAAAUAGC